GACAGGGGGGCAUGGCGAGACAACACAGGGAGGAAGAGAUCGACGAAAACAAAGUGGAGGAACACAAAGAUCUGGAUAUAGAGAAGGAGCCUAAAGAUUAUUUUGUGGGGACGGUGGGUAUGGCAGAUCACGUGAAAGGACAGGAGCAGAAUAGAGAACGCUAUGCAGCUGCAAUGGCGGUAUUGGCGAACAGUGGCGUUGCCGUAUCUCAGAACGCCAGGGUUCGAGCAUUGGCUGCCGCGUGGGCCAGAAAUGACUACAAGCUCUCGGACGCCUUCCUCCAGAACCGAGAACAGUUCGGUCUGGUGGAGGUCCUGAAGGCCUUGACCUUGCUGGACUCGGGGAGACAGAUUCGAGUCCUUGAGAAAAAAAUGACAAGGUUGCAGCUGUCAGGGACAAAGGUCAGCAAAAAGAAGUUUGGGAAAUUGAAGGCUGACCUGGGGAACCUCAAAGCUAUGAAGCCCCAAACAGGUUCUGCCAGUGGCGCCACCUGCAAGCACAUCACGAGGUGGGUGAGGAACUUCACUACUCCGGAGCUGGAGUUCUACGCACUGUACUUUCCCAAACAAGGCUGGAAGAAACUUGCAGAUAUAUGCCACUUUAAUCCCAAAGAGGAUUUCCCCGCGUUACCAUGGUUUCUGCCCUUCUGCUAUGGCGGACCUGCUCCAGACAACACCAUGGUGGAGAGAUGUCAGAGCCUGACGGACAGCAACGUGAACGACCUCGUCAAGGAGUACGACAUCCCCUACAGCGUGGUCAAGGCCCACGUCAAAAACCUGACGUCGGACUCAAUGGCGAGAGUAGCGGAAUACGAGGAGAAACUGGACACCGUUCUCUGGUACUACGAGGACCUCCAGUGCCCGGAACUGGACUCUGUGGUGAAGACGAGGCUUGAGAAGGGCCACCAGGUGUCGCUGCCCAAUGGGAAGCUGUUGGAGAGACUGUUGACACUGAAAAUGAUCCGAGAAAACAUUCCCUUCGACCCCAGCUACAGCGGGUGGGACGUGCCUCGUAUUGAGAACCCCACCAAGGCCAGUUUCCACCCGGACCUGGUGACCCUGGCCGAGGACAGGCUGAGGAACAUCAAAUUGUGUCUGGAGUCCCCGGUGGUUGUGAUGGGGGACGCUUCCGGCUCAAUGGAUGUCGCGGUGCGGACCAGCACCAUCAUCGCCAGCCUCCUCACGGCGGUGACGUCCGCCAAGCUUGUCUUCUUCAACGAAUGGACCAGGGAUGCUCCGUACCUGCCAAAAACCGUCCAGCAGUGUCUGGAGUUGGCGGUCACCAUACGGGCGGAGGGGGGUACGGCGCCGGCUGCCAGUCUCUACCCCUUCUACAAGGAGAGGGAGGUGGUGAAGACGUUCAUCGUCGUCACAGAUGAGGAAGAGAUGGACGAGUGCGAGGGAUACAGGUUCUGUCCGCUCUUCAAGAAGUACCACGCUGAGGUGUACCCUGCCAAGCUGGUGUUUGUGUCCUUCCUCCCGGGCCAGCACAGCGUGGGCCGCAUGGUGAAGGAGCUGAGGGAGGAAGGCUUCAAGCCACUGCAGUACUGCCUGGAGACGAAUAGGCCCGACCUCACCAAGCUGGACAAUCUGUUCGGGCUGCUCGCUUCCAACUCUGCCGAGUUCUUUGAGGAUGAGAUCAAACAGAUGGAAUCUCAGAUUCAGAAAGACGGACUGAAUUCUGUGUUUAAGUCCACCACAGCCGUUUGAGUGCCAGAGCCUUCUUCUCUACAAGGGCAAACACGCCAUCAAGUCUCAUUCUAAGAGAUGUUGAUCCCAAAACGAGGCUUACAUUUCUGUGCUAUUUUAGCAGCAUGGAGGUUUCUAACCAGAAGUACUUGUUUUGUGAGAUAAGCUGAUUCAGUAGGACGUGAUUGUAAUGACACAAGUGCCGUGUGCAAAAUGUGAAUUCCAUUAUGACGCGUGUACGUCACAUGUAACUUUAGGGCUUCCAGUCUUUGGGUGUGGCCUGAUGGUUUCCUUUUUGUCAUCGAUUUCACUGAACUGAGAAACAACCUGUCUGUGUAAAGUUUUAACGCCUGAUGUUGCAUAUUUCGACAGGCAGGGACUACACUGCCUUGGUACUUUCGCUAUGGCUGCAAAGCUUUAUAUUGUGUGCUGAAUGACCCUGAACAACUGGACAGGUCACCUGCAGAGACUUGUGGUAUAAGGGGAAGGAGGGUUGAGUCUUGUUCCUGGUAGUGUUACACUCUAUCUGUAUGUACAGGAUUUGUUUAGGCCGCAUUCAGAAAUAUUCCAGCUAUAUGACAGCGGUCUGUAAAUAAUGAGUCAAUCCAGUGAUUGAUAUAAUGAGCAUCAAUCCACGCAAUUGAAAUAUGAUAAGUAUCAAUCAAGGCAGGGAGCCUGUAAGUCGCCUCUUACGACAAGCAUAGUCGCCAUUCACGGCAAGAAUAGUUUGCUGAAGACCUAUUCUACCCUGGAUUUAUAAAUGGUCGUAUGUACAGUACAGGACUGGAGGGGUACAUGAUCCAUCAAAUGUGGGUACCUCACUUGAGGAGAUCCCUUAUUUUGUUAAGUGAGUGAGUGAGUUAAUGCUUUACGUCACAUCGGCAAUAUUUCAGCCAUAUCGUGACGAGUAUUUUGUUAAGGAGGGGUUAGUUCACACAUUCUCAUUUAUACUUUCAGCAUGUGCGUGAGUGGGGGUGUGUGGGGUCCUCAUUGAACUUCUACCUUUAUGUGUGUGUGUGUGUGUGUGUGUGUGUGUGUGGAGGUGUGUGUGUGUGUGCGUGUGUGGAGGUAUAUAAUAAUACAAUGGUAUUAUUGUUUGUCAUUGGGGUCCAUGUUUUUUCCACGAGGGUGGGGGGUUUAACCACUUUAACCACUAGGCUACCCGACUGCACCUCUUGGCUUAAGUAAAAAUAUAACAUAUUUUUUUAGAUACUGGUUUGAUUGACAGUAUAUAAACGAAUGAUAUGUUUGUAAAAACCUUAUUUAGGUGGGUUUUUUUCCGGAUAUUUUUUUCAUCAAUGCCUUUAUCCUUGAAACAAAAAAGGAUGGCCAUUCCAGCAAAUGGUCUUACUUAUGUUUAUAUACGACAGAGUUAAGUUGUUAUGAACCUACUGUACAUAUCUAACCAGGACAACCUCUCAUUAAAGCACAGUCUGUGAUAUGUACAUAUGAGCUUCUUCCAGCUUGGCUACAGUGUGCUACAGUUUGACAUGUAGGCAUGGACCUGUAGUAUAUGUGCAUGCAGUGUAUGUGUGUGUGGUUAUCUAUCUCUGUUGUGUGAGUAGGGAGUUCUGCUGCUGUCAGCAAUAUUCCAUUGACAUCAGGUACGGAGACACCAGAAACUGUCUCCACACCUGUAACCUUGGGGAAUCAAACCCAGUCCAAAUGGAUGCUAAAUCCACUGUGCUACAACCAUGCCCUAUUUCUCAAUAGCCUUGGUUUUUGUAAUAGCAAUUCAAAGGAUAGGAAGUUAUCUUUUAUACUUGUUACUUGGGGUAUUCUGAGUGAGAUAAGAGGCCCACCAUCUGCAGUUCAGGAUUGGGGGUUGAAUUUUAUUAUGAAAUAAUCUGUUCGCAAAAAUGCUGGGAAAAAGUAGUUUUUGUAUUCAGAUUUUACACAACAAGAGAACUUGUUCACUGGACAUGCUGGUAGUUAUGAACAAUAUUUGUUUGUAGGUCACAAAACAACUGUUUGGUUCCACAUUCCAGUGAAAACAACUAUGUUUUCAAGUACUGACUGAAACAAUAUUCUGCUUCAGCCCCGAAAUAUCCCAGUGGGCAUCACCUAUACAGUUAACCAUUAAUAUUGUGGGGAGGGACACAGGUAGAUUAGUGGUCUAAGGCACUGCAAUAUGCAGAGUUGUGUCCCUUAGUCAUGCCAGGAACAGCUGAUAAUAGCUCAAAUCCAACAUUACGAUUUUGAUCCUUAAUCAGCAAAGUGGUAACCUUGGUGACCUGUGUCAGUGUUGGCUUUCCUUGACCAUUUCGUUGGCAGGCAGUCAUGUUGCUGAAAUACUGGUCAAGCAGCAUUAACAUCAAACUCACCCUUCUUCAUCGUUCACACAAGUUCAUCACUGAAGUUUCUCUGGGAAUGUGCAAUACUCAUAUGUAUACAUUUAUACAGUGCUGCUCUUUGUAAAUCAUUGGUGUUGUUUCACUAUCUCUGCUUUCAACAUUGAGUAUUGUAAUAAAUAAAUUUAUGCAGCACUGGCGACUGAGUUGAACUUGUAUAUUGUAAUAAAGAGGAAAUAAAAAGUUUUUAUUUGACUCA